GAUGUCUAAUGACCGUCUGUGAUUGGAACAGACCUCCAGCGGGGCGCAUGACGGGGCGUGACGCCGCGCGGGUCAUGUGAGCCUCAUCAGCGGCUCCGGGCCGCCGUGUCAACCGGGCACCCGGGCGAGGGGGACGGAUGUGGGGGGUUUAAACGCCGAGGCCGCGGCGUGAGCGACACACGGGGGAUGUGCAGUAACCGAGGACGGGUGAAGACUUUAGUUCCGGUGUGUAAAAUGGUCACUUUCUCUUGCUUUUAAGCGGUCGGUAAAGUCGCGGUUGGGCAACAGCUAACGACUCCCAUUAUCGGACAGCUAACCGACGACCCCGGUUUACGGCGGUGCUUUCAUUAUCGGACAAACCCUCUUUCUCUUCGCCAUUCUCUCGAAAUAUCGACUACUGAACACAACUGUAUUGGUUACAAAAUCUGUGACUCUUUGUGUUUGUGGAAUCCCGUGACCGUGGAGGUGUGGAUUAGCUUUAAUCCUGCAACGAAUCCGUUCUCCCUCCAGUCUGAAUCCGAGGGAGUAAGAAGACAACUUCCAAAGCCCGUGUGAUAUUGGCUUAUCGCAAGCUCAACUUGAUCUGUGUGGCCAAUAAAAGACGGAAAAUAGUGAAACUCCUCACAACGUCCUCAGGUGGAGCCACUUCCUGUGUCGUCUGCGCGCAGUCUGCUGCCGCCGAGGCGCCGCCACGAUGUCAAAGUCGCCCCUCCUGAAGGUGAUCCUGCUGGGUGACGGCGGCGUGGGCAAAUCCUCCCUCAUGAACCGCUACGUCACCAGCAAGUUCGACUCGCACCUCUUCCACACCAUCGGCGUGGAGUUCCUCAACAAGGAGCUGGAGGUGGACGGCCGCCGCGUCACGCUGCAGAUCUGGGACACGGCGGGCCAGGAGCGCUUCCGCAGCCUGCGCACGCCGUUCUACCGCGGCUCCGACUGCUGCCUGCUCACCUUCAGCCUGGACGACGGACAGAGCUUCAGCAACCUGUCCAACUGGAAGAAGGAGUUCGCCUACUACGCCGACGUGAAGGACCCCGACCGCUUCCCCUUCGUGGUGCUGGGCAACAAGCUGGACGUGCCGGAGCGCCAGGUGUCGGGGGAGGACGCUCGGCAGUGGUGCCGCGAGAACGGCGGGCUCCCCUACUUCGAGACCAGCGCCAAGGAGGCCACCAACGUGGUGUCGGCCUUCGAGGAGGCGGUGCGCCGCGUGCUGGCGGCGGACGACGGGGCCGAUCGCCUCGUGCACGCCAACACGGUGGACCUGCAGAGGAAGAGCCGCCCCGACCCCGCCUGCUGCUGAGCCCGGCGCCGCGCGGGGGGGGGGGGAGGGGGCGAGCUCGCCGUGCGCUGCGGCGUUGGUGGAGAAAGAGGAACUGGUGACGGUGUUUAGUGGCGAUAUUCAGAAUUUCCAUCACACAAACUGUCCAGCCCUCUUUGCCUGACACGAUGGUCCUAUUAUAGGAAUGUUCAUUUGGACCGAACAGUUUUUAAAGCUUUGCUUGGCGACAGUGAGCAACUCUGUUGUUGUCGUGACAUCACUGGCCAAGCUGCGGUUGCCAGUUUUAGCCAAAAGGAGAAGUAAUAUUUAGAUUUGGUACUUAAGUUAUCUACGUGGAAUCAGGUGCUGUUAUGUUUUUAUCUGCAUCGUGGCAUGUGGUUAAUCAAAUUACACAUAAGAAAGUGGGAUUGACUACUUUAGGCUUAGAUUACUCACUCCCUAUAUCAAAUAUGAUCAACUAUUUAAAAACAUAUUUUUUCUGUUGUGAUGAUUUUUCUUCCAUUUUAAGGCAAAUGACACAAUUUUCUAAAGAUAAAUAAAACAGCAUCCAACAAUGAAA